UCAAUUUAACUUAUCCAAAAACCUACCAUCCCUCACCUGCCGCGGACUUUGUUUGCAACAACCGCCCCGGGCCUAAACAUGUCGUGACUUGUGUUCUUUCUCCCAGUCCUUGUUCAUCACCUCCUGACAAAUCGUCUUCGUUUCUUGACUCGCUUCCUUGCAACGCGACUACACUAUUUGACUCGACUUACAUCAGCAGUUACCUCUGCGCGCGCAAGCGGCACUGCAGGCACCAGAAGCCGUACCGGACCACCCGAAGCACGAAAAGUAUCGUGAUCGUAUCUUGCGCGAAGCCCACUGCAUGAUCACAAUUCCUUUGUCCUCAAAUCUACAUUUUGCACUCGACAGCCUCGCUCUUUUUGCAACCAUUCAUCGACCCAUACACACCCGUCCCAAAAACGAAACGUGACAGAGACAACCCGCCAAAAUGAUCAACCUCCUCUACGCCCUCAUAUUCUUCACCCUCCUCUUCUCCACCACUGCCUACUUUACCCGCUACACCUGGCUGCCGCCCUUCCUUGACGCCUUCGACGCGAUAGAACCCUACCUGCGCCGCGCUCCCGGCGGCGAAUACCUGUACUCUCGAUUGCCUUUUACCUCCAACUCGUUCGAGGAGGAUAUGGAAGCCGGUCUGUCGUCUGCCGACUUUAAUCUUGCGGGCAACGUUGGGGGGAGCGACGGUCGCGCUGGCUUGGAUGAUGAGGCCAAGCGGGAAAUCCUCAAGAUCAUGAAGAGGAGGAGACUUCAGUUCGACGACGCGAGGAAGCUGUACAUGGAGAGGAGGUUCAAGGCGAAUGGCAUUGGAGCGGAUGGGUUGCCAAGGGAUCCCAAGUUCGUGAGCUUUUCGUGAGCGGUACAAGCGAUAGCGCGAGCAAUGGGGAUAGAAAUGGCGAGAGGGAUGGAGAAUAUAAUGGAUGGGGAUAGUCACAACGGAACUAAACGAGAGAAUGGGCGCGAAGGCGGAAACUCACCACCUCAACCAGCCAGCCGACCCGCGGGGUAUACACGAGACGAACCGACAACAAGGAUGGGCGAGGUGCGCAGAAGCUUUGGGAAGGGAAACAUACAUCCUCUGUCACAGACCAACGGACAGCCCAUACCAAGCAACAAUACUUCGACUCGACUAUACGCCAAGCCCUCCGUGGAAACGCAACCGCUUUUUACCAUUUUGAACACAUAAACUACACUACACUACACAUUUUGACGGGCUGGAACCGACGAGUUAACCAACUAAAAACACUCAUUCGACCUUUUUUUUUUUCUUUACUACUGCUGUCACAACAACUGUACCAACACCAACCGACCGUUAUACUAUCGUUACAACAUCACUCACACGUUUCCUUACUCUUUUUUUUCUUCUUUUCGUUCUGGAGGUCUUGUCUAUUCUCUCAAGCGAGCAAGAUUUGGCGCAGAAAGGGCGAUGUGGGGGGCGGGUGUCUGGCUUCGUUCUGCCUCUUAGUUUCUUUUUAUCCCCAUCUAUUACGUUGUUGCGUUUGAUGGUGGGCAACUCAUCUAGUAUCUAUUCAAGCUAGUCAACCAUGCAGAACCCCAAAUACCCAUUAGCUUUUCCCUGUCGACUCCCUUCUGUAUAGUGCCCCCUCACUACCUCACAUCUGCGUGCUGUCGAAUUUCCAAUCUACUCUCAGCGAACCCUAUAGUUCUGCUCCUCUUUUGCACGAGGUUCUAACUUGAGAUCAUACUAUCCAAAGCGGAAGUGACAGGAGGCCUCCAGUUUCGCUUAUCUCCGGUUCAACGGGGGCGUUCCAAGCUCAGAAGCAAUCUUAGCGUUUGCUUGGCCUUCUAAUUUAUGUUGUACCUAUGGUCUUGUGUUGUGUGGCUUGGCCAUUUCGUUUCGGUUUACUCAUAUAUGUGAUGCCUCGCCUUGUU